CUUGGUUCUGUCUCACACGCUGAACCGAAUCAGCGAGUGAGGAGCCAGAAUCAUUUCGACGGCCACGUUCAUUCAUCUGCCGUGCACUGCCGUGUCAAUAGAAAUCCAGCGGGCAAGCCAUCUUUGGCAGAUCGCCUUUAUAAGGUCGAAGGAACGCAUACUUUUGCCGCCAAAAGUAGUUCCGUUUAGCGACCAUGGGUGACAUCUUGACCUAUAAGAAGAUGAAAGUCCAGGCAAGUGACUCGUUGACAUUCCAGCGAGACGAAUGGCAAAUCGAACUCCGCGACGCAUGCGAAGAGAAAGGUCUUGACAACACCGGCAUCAAGGCUGUGCUCCUUGAGCGCCUUGAAAAGGCGCUCGAUGAUGCAGAAACUAUCCCUCCAGAUGAUAUUGCUGAGCUUGAAGAUAUUCCUGACGAAGACAAUUCUGCACCAGACGCAGGCGAUCCGGUCGACCUUGACUUGAGAAACCCCCCAACCAGCUCUUUGGAUACUCCAAAUAUUGAUGACAGUUCACACACUUUGUUUUCACCUGAGUAUACUGGCACAACAAGUAACAUGUUUGUGGAAACCGUAAAGAAUGAUGACGAGUUUGAAGUCCAGCGCUCUGCUCUUGUUGCUGCCAUUGAGGCCGAUCUGGAGAAGCGCAAAGCGCGUGCUGAUCGAUUCGGCAUUACUUGGGAGCUCAGCGCCUUUGAUAUUGAACGUCUAGAAUGCGCAAAAAGAGGUUUACCCUUUCCGCGAACGAAAGCAGCUGAUUCUGAUGGCAAAAAGCUGGGCUCGCCACAGAAACAACUUGGCAAAAGCCUGGCUGAUGCUGAGAACGGUGGACGCGCAAGUCGAUUCGGUGUUAACGUAAGGGGUAAACGCGCCAAAAAAGCCGACGUGUGCCGUAAUUGUGGUAAGAGAGGUCAUUGGGCAAAAGAUUGCUGGGCACCAGGGGCCGGAGCAGGUGGCCCGGGAAAUCAAAAGCGUACAAGUCAGGAUAUCACAAUGCAAAAUCAACAUCAGAAGGAGAAACGAAAGCCCGAUGUAACGAUCGAUGCAGAUGACAAGAAGAGAAGCAGAAGUGAUCGCUUUGGUUUCGGCAUGGAGGGGCUGGCAAAAGACCCUGACUUCAAGGCAAAACUUGCAGCGAGGGCCGCAAGAUUUGCUGAAAAUUGAACCUUGUGAUCUGCUUCUGAUUUGCUUCUGCCCACGUUCAGCACCACCCGGUGAUCGUGACGCAUGACGUCUAAAUAGGUACAUCAAGGAUUGUUCCAAACAGUUGUUAACAACAAAUCUACAUAUAUAUACAUCUUUGAUUUUGAAAACU